AUGGAUCCAAGGAAAGUGGAGACAGUGAAGAAUUGGACCGUUCCCAAAACAGUUAAGGAUGUGCAAGCAUUUCUAGGUUUCGCUAAUUUUUACCGUCGAUUCAUACGCGGGUUCUCGGAACUAGCUUCCCCCCUUACCAGACUGACACGCAAGGACAUACUGUUCGAAUGGACACCCAGAGCCCAAACUGCCUUCAACGCCUUGAAGGAAGCCUUUACCACUGCUCCCAUCCUUACCCAUUUUGACCCGGAGAAAGAAAUUACCGUGGAAACCGAUGCAUCCAACUAUGUCUCUGCCGGUGUACUCUCCCAAUACGAUGAUAAUGGUACCCUUCGGCCCGUCACAUACUUUUCGAAAAAGCACUCCCCCGCCGAAUGCAACUACGAGAUGUACGACAAGGAAUUACUGGCGAUUAUUCGAUCCUUCGAGGAAUGGCGACCGGAACUCGAAGGGGCUGCACACCCAAUCGCCGUCAUAUCCGAUCAUAAGAAUCUCGAAUACUUUAUGAGUACGAAACAACUCAACCGGAGACAAGCCCGGUGGGCGGAGUAUUUAUCACGGUUUAAUUUUGUCAUCAAGUAUCGACCAGGGAAACAAGGAGGGAAACCGGACGCGUUGACAAGAAGAUCAGGAGAUCUCCCUGGAGAGGGGGAUGAAAGACAAUUACACCAGAGUCAAGUUUUAUUGAAGAAGGAAAAUCUUGAUGCAAAGCUAAGUUUGUUGGCGGGUUCUUUCUCAAAUGAGCCCGCUGAAAAGAACGUCUCGCUGAAUAGUCUAUUCGACGAAGGAUAUAGCGCUGACCCGUUUCCACAAAAGAUACUGGAUAUGCGGAACAAAGGCAGCAUAUAUGUACCCGACUACGACCCUCUCAAGCUCCGAAUCCUCCAACUCUACCAUGACGCUGCCUCCGCCGGACAUCCUGGAUGCGAAAAAACAUUCGAACUCAUCAGUCGAGACUACUACUGGCCCCUUAUGCGGAAUUAUAUUGCCCGCUACGUUCGGAACUGCCACACCUGUCAACGAAGCAAACCAAACACCCAUGGAAAACUCGGCGUACUUCGACCUUUACCAAUUCCCGAACAACCAUGGCAGGAGGUAUCAAUGGACUUCGUCACUGGCCUACCGGAGAGCGAAGGGUACGAUGCGAUUAUGGUGGUUGUUGACCGGUUAACAAAGAUGCGACAUCUCCUGCCCUGUAAUACCACCGUCAACUCUGAAAAUGUCGCCCAACUAUAUUUGCGGAAUAUAUGGAAGCUCCAUGGGCUACCUACACAUGUCACCUCCGACCGCGGUACGCAAUUCACAGCCAAGUUCUGGAGGGCUCUCUGUAAACACCUUAACACCGAAGCAAGAAUGUCUACCGCCUUCCACCCGGAGACCGACGGCCAAACUGAAAGGCUGAACGCC